GGAGGAGGAGGAGGAGGAGGAGGAGGAGGAGGAGGUGGAGGAGGAGGUAGCGAGCAGACCGUCCCUCAGACGAGUCCUGCUAGCAGCACGAGUAGCUCGAGCCAGGUGAAUCAGGUGAGCCAGCAGGUGAGCCAACAAACUCACCAGCAGUCUCGCCAACAACAACAACAACAACAACAACAGCAACAGGCAACGCCGACACCACCGAUACCAUUAACAACCACCGUAUCGUCAACCGCGUUACUAUUAUUAUCUACAAGAGCAUCACCGGCAUCGCCAAUAACGACAAUAAUAGCAGCGACCACGACAACGUCGGCGACGACAACGACAACGACAACGACAACAGCAGCACCAGCAACAGGAGCAACAACAGCGGCAGCGGCAGUAGCAGCAGCGGCAGCGGCGGCUGCGGCGGCAGCAGCAGCAGCAGCAGCAGCUACGACGACGACUCCUCAAUCCACGCAGAUGGGAAUCUCAACGGAAGAGGUUAGGCCCGAGGAAGAGGGCAGCCACCCGAGGGCAGCUCCAACGAGCCCUGAAAGCGAGGCCGAGGUCGACGACUUUGCACCUAAGAGGAAGCAACGACGUUACAGGACGACCUUCACUAGCUUCCAGUUGGAAGAACUCGAGAAGGCAUUCUCGAGGACUCAUUAUCCUGACGUUUUCACCAGAGAAGAACUCGCUAUGAAGAUCGGCCUGACAGAAGCAAGGAUACAGGUUUGGUUUCAAAAUCGUCGAGCAAAAUGGCGAAAACAGGAAAAAGUUGGUCCACAAGCACAUCCGUAUAAUCCUUAUCUUGGAUCGGGAGCACCCCCGCCGUCCGCUGUCGUGGCACCAACAUUACCGAAUCCGUUUGCCCAUUUGGGUAGUUUCGCUCUUCGUAAACCAUUUGAUGCUUUUCGUUAUCCACCUUUGGGCCAUGGACCUGUCCUUCCUGGAGCAUAUACUACUCAUCCUUAUCAUCGAGCUCCACCUCCAUUGUUACCACCGGGCAUGCCAUUACCAUACACGUCUGCGGCAUCGUUUCAAAGCCUAUUGGCAAAUAUAUCUGCCGCACAAAGGCCUAAACUCGUUCGGGGCUCUACACCACCACCACCGGCACCACCACCACCUCAACCAGCACCGCCGAUAACUAUGUCUCAUCCAUCGGUGGUUCCUCAAGCACCGCCUACAGCUAGCUCGCCACAAAGUUCACCGACUGGUAGCGUUGGUUUACCGGACAUCGACAGGAGAACCAACAGCAUUGCGUCUCUAAGAUUGAAAGCACGAGAAUACGAGCUCCAUCUUGAAAUGCUCAGGAAAAAUGGUGAUCUCAUUAGCUGAAGAUGGUGCCUCUACAAUAUUUACUUGUUCAACGACGACGAUGACAACGUGAAACGAUCGACGUGUGCCUCGAUAAUAAUAUUAAUCAAGGGGAAUCGAUGACGAUUAUAUUCACGAGUUAAAUAAUAAUAAUUUAGUGACAAUGACAACGCGAGGUAGGAACGAUAAAACAUCGAGAGUGUCUACCGUACCCGGUAGAGAAAAUAAAUUAAUAAAUAAAUAAAUAAAUAAAUAAAUAAAUAAAUAUAUAUAUAUAUAUAUAUAUAUAUAUAUAUAUAUAUAUAAACUGAAGAUGUUAAUGUCGUUCGACGAUACGAUGUAAUGAGGAGUUCUCUUUUGUACGAAUUUUUUGAUCGGUUAUAUAACAUUUUCCCCGAGAACAACGACUCAAACACCGUACGAUAUUUCUCAUCGAACGAUUUCGAUGAUUUUCGAUGUUCCUAAAAAAAAGUAACAUCUCUUGUAUUUACAUACGUCGUUUAAAUUAAAUCUCAAGAAUUUUCAUUGGUUAAUACGUUGUUGCUUUAGACUUUGCAAAAGUGCUCAGAGACUCGUUCGAUAUAUCAAAAGAGAUUCAUAUAUUAAAUCUCGUGAUGAGAAUCGUUCAUUCUUCUUUUAGGCAUAAUUUAAGAGUAUCUUUAUACCAUUGCCUGAGGAUUACCGAAUGUCGUUCGAAGAUAACAACAAGGAUGGUACAUGUUUUUUUUUCAAUUUAAGAAAGAAAGAGAAAAAAAAAUUUUUAAAGGAACAAAAAAGAGAAAAAAAAGAUGAUUAGAGAAAAGAAAAAGUUCAAAGGAAAACUUUUCCGAUUUAUUAACGAAAUUUAACAAAGCCAAGAUACGACGUUAAAUACUUUCGAUUAAUCCAACGAAUAUUUCAAUCUUCAUCCCUAAUUGUCGAUUAGAAAUAUACGUGGUAAUUCUAACUUUCUAAUUUUUCAUCGAGUCCUUUAUGAUUGAAUUUUUGCGCUCGUACAAUUUUCCAAUUAACGUUUCUUCUUUUUUAUUUCAUCGAAAUUUUAAAAAUUCAUCGGAACUCCAACUAAUCAUGAAAUAUAUUUCAGAAUUAUUUUCAAUGACUUUUGCCUUAUCGUUCUAUUUAGUUUAUUCUGUUCUACGUUGACAACUCGUGGGAUCAAGAAAAAUUAUUCGUUUGCAUUCGUCCGAAGUCAUUACUUCAAACAUAAUGAAUUUUUAUUGAUUUUACGAACUGUCGCUUGCUCUUCUUGCGUAGUUCACGAUAUACUAAUUUGAACUUAAAUUAAUUAUUAUCGAUUCCAAUCGAAAGAUCACGACAUUCUCAUUGUGAAAAAAUGUGAUAUCGUUGUCAAUAGAAUUGUCAAGAAAAUCUUGACGAACCAAAUGCUUUCUCCCAAAGCGAUUCUCAACGCGAGGCUUCAUCGGAACAAUAAAGAUAUAAGAGAUAAAAUCUUCGUCGAUGUUUCGUAAUAACGAAAGAAAAACAAAAAAGAAAUAAUAAUAAACAAACAAAAUUUUUUUUUUGUAAUUAAAAAAAAAAGAAAAAGAAACGAAAACAAAAAAUUAAAGGAAAUUAAUUAAUUCGAAAGAAAGGAAAAAAAAAAUAUAUAUAUAUAUAUAUGUAUAUUAUAUAUUAAAUAUUAUACAAUAUACAUAUAUAUAUUUUUUUUUCGAUCAUUAGAAAAAAAAAAAAGAUCGACAAUCAUCCGUCCGCAAAAAUUCUCGACACGAUGAUUCUACGAUGUAAAAAGUGUUUGCAUUUUAUUAAUUUUCUUUUUCCUAUUUUUUUUUUCUCUCUCUCUCUCUACACGAGGUAAAAAUAAAAGCAAUUUCGUCGGUCAUCGUCAUCGAGAAAUUUCGCUCUGUUUCUUCUUUUUUUUCUCUCUCUCUUUCUUCUUAUUAUUUUUCGUUUCUUAUUUCUCUCUCUCUCUCUCUCUCUUUUUUUUCUUUUUGUAUCUUUUUUAUUUUUCUCGUUAGCUCGAUCAAACGUAACACGAACGUUGCAAACGCGCGCAAUUCUGGAAUAUCCAUUAUGACAUUUACGACACGCUAGAGUUAGGAGUCGUUUUUAAAUGGAAAAAUAAAAGAAAAAAAAAAAAAAGAAUAAAAAAAAUGCAAAAGAAAUCAAUAAUAAUAUUUAUAUACCACACACGUUGUUUAUAUAUACAUACAUACAUAUACAUAUAUAUAUACAUAUAUAUAUACAUAUGUGUAUAUAUAUAUAUUUAUAUAUAUAUAUAUAUAUAGUACAUACUAAUGUAAGUAGUACUCUCUCUUUACGAAUUGUCAUAAGACACGAUAGAUUUUUACGAUUAAUCUAAUCGUUUCUUUAUUCUUUUCUGUUAUUCCUUUUUUUUUUUUUUAAUCAUCCCCCUUAGUUCUACAUAAACUACUUUGUAAAUAGUUUAACAAGAUUAAUGUAUGUAUUAUUUUUAACGAAGCAAAUUGCAAUUGCUUAAAAUUACGAACGAAAGCAUUCACACGCAAUUAUAAAAGGUGAAUGGUCUUUUUAUUAGAUCACUUCUAUUCAAAAAUUCUACGAACAUUGUUUGUUGUCAUUGCGAAAUAUUUUUCUCCUUUGUUUCUUCUUUUUUAUUUUUUUUUUUUUUUAUUUUUUUUUUUUACUUUUAUUUUGUUUCAGUUCAUCUUAAUUUUUUCCUUUUUCCUUUCUCUCAUCUACUUUUCCAAUCAUAUUUUUCAUCGAAACAUUACGUCGAUGUGUGUUAAAUUGUACUUAAACUCUAUUAAACCUGUCUAUCCUCUCUUUGCAGUGAAUAAAAUGACAACGAAUCACAAGAA